UGAAAAUGUGGUUCAAACAUUUAAGGUUUAAGCUGUGAUUGCCACAAGGACCCACCUGGAGAUGUAAGUAUUGAAGAUAGAGCCAAUCAAGAUUUGGACAUUUCUAUUCCAAGGUUCAAAGUGCCUCAUUCUUUCUUAUUUCCUACCAAAAUUCCGAUUAAUUCCUAAUCUCAACUACCUGAUCUCUCUUCCCCAUUGCCUAUCGGACUCUCCACUCUCCAUGCUCAAUUGAGCACCCGACAACACCCAACCCUUCCAAGAUGCUGUCCAGGACUACCGCGCCGUCGGCCGUUUCUGCGAAAACAAUAUCGCGAGUCGCUUUACCAUCCUGCUCCCGAAUACCACCACCCUCCAAGUCCCAGCAGAGCCGAAAUUUCGCGACAGUGCAGGAUGGAGCCCCGAAGCGAACAUACGGCGGUCUUAAGGAUCAAGACCGUAUAUUCCAAAACCUUUAUGGACGCUACCCCGCCGAUUUGAAGUCGGCCAAGAAGAUGGGUGACUGGCACAAGACAAAAGAGAUUAUUUUAAAGGGUCAUGACUGGAUCAUUGGUGAGGUCAAGGCAUCCGGUUUACGAGGUAGAGGAGGAGCUGGCUUUCCUUCCGGAUUGAAAUGGUCAUUUAUGAACUUCAAAGAUUGGGAUAAGGAUACAAAACCUAGAUAUCUAGUUGUCAACGCCGAUGAAGGCGAGCCCGGAACCUGCAAGGACCGAGAGAUCAUGCGAAAGGACCCCCACAAACUUAUCGAAGGAUGUUUAGUCGCUGGCCGAGCCAUGAACGCCACCGCUGCUUAUAUCUAUAUCCGUGGCGAAUUUAUCCUAGAAGCUGCCGUCCUACAGAGAGCUAUUAAUGAGGCAUAUGCCGAUGGAUUGAUCGGCAAGAACGCCUGUGGUUCCGGUUACGAUUUCGACGUCUACUUACACCGUGGCGCCGGUGCCUACGUCUGUGGUGAAGAGACAUCACUUAUCGAAUCUCUAGAGGGAAAGCCCGGCAAGCCCCGUCUAAAGCCUCCAUUCCCGGCCGCUGUGGGUGUAUUUGGUUGUCCAUCUACCGUUGCCAACGUCGAAACUAUCGCCGUGGCCCCCACAAUUUGCCGCAGAGGUGGAAGCUGGUUCGCCUCUUUUGGUCGAGAGCGGAACCAAGGAACUAAGCUAUUCUGCAUUUCCGGCCACGUCAACAACCCGGCGACCGUUGAAGAGGAGAUGAGCAUCCCUCUAAGAGAACUAAUUGAGAAGCACUGUGGUGGUGUUCGAGGUGGCUGGGAUAACCUACUUGCCAUCAUUCCCGGCGGCUCAUCCACUCCUAUCCUUCCCAAAAGCGUUUGCGAUGACCAAUUGAUGGACUUUGAUGCCCUCAAAGACAGCCAGUCUGGUCUUGGCACGGCAGCAGUCAUCGUUCUAGACAAGAGCGCUGAUGUUGUAAGAGCAAUCUCACGAUUAAGUCACUUCUACCGCCACGAAUCUUGUGGGCAGUGCACACCCUGCCGAGAGGGUAGCAAGUGGACUGAGCAGAUCAUGAGCCGGUUCGAGAAGGGACUUGGCCGUGAACGGGAGAUUGAUAUGUUGCAGGAGUUAACAAAACAAGUUGAAGGACACACCAUUUGCGCUCUUGGUGAGGCAUUCGCCUGGCCUAUCCAAGGUCUCAUCCGCCAUUUCCGGCCGGAGUUGGUGGCGAGGAUGCAGAAGUAUGCGGCAGAACAUAACGGCUCCCAAGCUCUGGGUGGUGGGUGGGACCCCAAUACCCGAGCUCAGGGCAAGCUGGUCUCUCCUGGCCAAUAGACAUGAAUAUGCUUUCAUUUAUGAGGCUAGAUGGCAUAAUUCCACGAGUUAAAGAAUUGCCAGCAUUGUACAUCAUCACAACUUCUCGUUACCUGUAUAUACAUACCUAUUCACCGAAGGCAAUGCUCAAUUCUUUUUUUACCAAUGAAUUUGGUAACUUGAUAUGACUAGGCUGAAAUUAUCUACUUGAGUAGGUAGAUAACUACUCAAGCAAGCAU